AUGUCGUGUGUUCAUUAUAAAUUCUCGUCCAAACUGGACUACAACACCGUGACCUUUGACGGGCUGCACAUCACCCUGGCCGAGCUGAAACGGCAGAUUAUGGGCAGAGAGCGCCUCAAAAGCCACCGACUGCGACCUGCAGAUCACCAACGCACAGACCCCGUGAAGACGGACCGACUCUUCACCGUCUGUCUCCUGGCCCAGCUCUCUAAGACUGCCAACCUAGCGGAGGCCAAUGCGUCAGAGGAUGACAAGAUCAGAGCUAUGAUGUCCCAGUCCAACAGUGAAUAUGACCCCAUACAUUACUCUAAGAAGGCCAUAGGACCGCCUCCUGCACAUUACACCUGCUAUCGCUGUGGCAAGAACGGACACUACAUCAAACACUGCCCCAUGCAGAUGGAUAAGAGCGUAGAGGCCCCUAAGCCAAUCAGGACCAGUAAGGGAAUCCCUCAGAGCUUUAUGGUGAAGGCUGAACCAGGAACGAAAGGAGCCAUGUUGACCAGCACUGGAGAAUAUGCUAUUCCUGCUAUCGACGCGGAGGCCUAUGCUCUGGGUAAGAAGGAACGUCCACCCUUUGUUCCUCGUGAAGCGUCAUCGUCUGAAGAUGAGGCUGAUCCAAUCCCUGAUGAGCUGCUCUGCCCCAUCUGUAACGACCUGAUGAAUGAUGCUGUGGUCAUACCCUGCUGUGGUAACUCCUACUGUGACGACUGUAUCAGGACCAGUCUGCUGGACUCAGAGGAACACACCUGUUUCACCUGCAAACAGUCUGACGUCUCACCUGACGCUCUCAUCGCUAACAAGUUCCUACGACAGGCAGUGAAUAACUUUAAGAAUGAGUCUGGUUACACCAAACCAGCACGAAACAAAACCCUGCAGCAGUCUGCCCCGCCCCCAGCACGGCCUCAGCCAUUCAGAACCCUCGGCUCACGCCAGCAGGACCCCUAUUGGCCAACACUCGCCAGCAGGACCCCCUAUUGGCCAGCACUCGCCAGCAGGACCCCCUAUUAGCCAGCACUCGCCAGCAGGACCCCCUAUUGGCCAGCACUCGCCAGCAGGACCCCCUAUUGGCCAGCACUCGCCAGCAGGACCCCCUAUUGGCCAACACUCGCCAGCAGGACCCCCUAUUGGCCAGCACUCGCCAGCAGGACCCCCUAUUGGCCAGCACUCGCCAGCAGGACCCCCUAUUGGCCAGCACUC